UAUGUGUGUAUUGCACUCGAGUCUGUUCAUUGUGUCUUAUAGCCUGUAAAAGACGUUGAGUUUUGUUUUGUGUUUUUAGAAAGAAAUAAUACUUUGGCGAGAUGCACAGGAUCUGAGCUGAUGGACUGACCACCUGAACGCUGGAGCAUCAGAACAGUUACCAGGAUGACGGGUCUGGUUCAGGAUUCUCACAGGCUGUCUGUGAAAACAUGGACAGAGGAGGAGAGUGACCGAGCUGAGAGCACACUUAGCAGAGGACAGUCAAUAUGUGACGACACUUCUUCAGAGCUACAGCAAAUGGCAGCCAUUGACAGGAGAGAUGCUGGUUCCCAGAAUUCCUUUCGGGCCCGAGGGGCUCUGUCCAGGAUAGUCAGUAUGGUGAUGACCCUGAGAGAAUGGGCGCAGAAGAGUUUGGCUGAGGAGACGGAGCGACCGGAUUCUUUCCUGGAGCGGUUCAGAGGCCCUGCUAACAUGGACAUACAGGCGCCGUCCAGCAGGUUCAGCCACAGCCGUACCGGCUCAGAUGCAGAUCACGAAAUCAGACGCUCCAGACGCACGAGAAAAAAGUGUAAUAUUGUGGUUUUAUCUCCAUCUGAUGACGCGUACUAUUACUGGUUGAUGGUGAUUGGUGCUGCAGCCUUUUACAACUGGACCCUGCUAGUUGUCAGGGCUUGUUUCGAUGAACUCCAGAUGAGAAACGUGCUCAUCUGGCAAGUGCUGGACUACACCUGUGAUGGAGUCUAUAUCCUGGAUGUUGCUGUUCGGCUUCACACAGGUUUCUUGGAUCAAGGCUUGAUGAUCAAAGAUGUGCGCCGUCUGAGAGAAACCUACAUUCGAACGUUACAGUGUCAGUUUGACAUCUGCUCCAUUCUUCCAACUGACCUCUUGUACCUGAUUGUUGGAAUCGGCUACACUCCGCUUCUUCGAUUCAACAGACUGCUGCGCCUGCCCCGUCUCUUUGAGUUCUUUGAGCGUACAGAAACACGAACGGGUUACCCCAAUGCUUUCCGCAUCUGUAAACUGAUUCUGUACAUCCUGGUCAUAAUCCAUUGGAAUGCCUGCGGAUACUACAGCUUCUCCAAAAUCCUGGGACUGGGCUCUGACUCAUGGGUUUAUCCCAAUGCGUCUGACCCUGAGUUCGGCACCUUGUCACGAAGUUAUAUAUACUGCCUAUACUGGUCGACCAUGACGCUGACCACCAUAGGAGAAACUCCUCCACCCGUUAGAGAUGAAGAAUAUCUGUUCCUGAUAUUUGACUUUCUGGUUGGUGUUCUGAUAUUUGCCUCCAUUGUGGGUAAUGUUGGAUCCAUGAUUUCUAAUAUGAAUGCAACAAGAGCAACCUUUCAAACACGUGUAGAUGGACUCAAACACUACAUGCACUUCAGACAUGUCAGCAAGGUGCUGGAGCAGCGUGUCAUCCGCUGGUUUGACUACCUUUGGACCAAUCAGAAGACAAUUGAUGAACAAGAAGUCCUCAAGAGUCUGCCUAAUAAACUGAGAGCUGAGAUAGCUAUCAAUGUUCACCUGGACACACUUAAGAAGGUGCGUAUCUUCCAGGACUGUGAGGCAGGCCUCCUUGUAGAAUUGGUGUUAAAACUACGACCGCAAGUUUUCAGUCCUGGAGACUACAUCUGUAGAAAGGGAGAUGUGGGUAAAGAGAUGUACAUAAUUAAAGAGGGCCGCCUGGCAGUGGUUGGGGAGGAUGGCGUCACACAGUUAGCUGUUCUGACAGCAGGAAGUUGCUUUGGUGAAAUCAGCAUCCUAAACAUCAGUGGCAGCAAGAUGGGGAAUAGACGCACGGCUAAUAUUAGGAGCCUGGGAUAUUCUGACCUGUUCUGCCUUUCCAAACAAGACCUGAUGGAUGCGCUACAGGAGUUUCCCCAUGCCAGGGCACAGCUGGAGCAGAGGGGGCGGGACAUCCUGAUGAAGGAGGGACUUCUGGAGGAACUGAAUGUGUCUGCAGGGGAGGAGUUGGAGACGAAGGUGGAGAGGCUAGAAACCAGUCUUGAUCGGUUGCAGACGUGUUUGGCCCGUCUGCAGAGUGAAUUCAACUCAUCCCAGCUUCGACUGAAACAGCGAAUAACGGCCCUGGAAAGCAACAUCCCCACAGCAGCAACUGGCAGCGGCUUCCUGUCAGAUGCUGACGGCAAUGAGAGUAUUUCUGGUGGUGACAGUGUGCGAAGUGAAAUUACCUUCCGAUUUUAAAUAAUGUCUUAAAUUAGUUUUCCUGAAAUAUUUAGCAUAAUUUCUUGUUAGAAGUUUCUUUUAGUUUGAAGCUUUCUUAAUACCACUGAACAGUUGCUCACACCUUUAUGAUUAAAUAUAUAGAUAAAAUUGCCAGUAUACAGUAGAGUAAUGCAAUAAAUAAACAAUGCUUGAGAGAGAGGGAACCUAAAGACGAAAAAUACAGCUGACUUAUGUCCUAAUUAUGUCUUAAUCUACUAUUUGGCAUGCAUUAAAGGUACAGUAUGUAAAAUCUCACCACUACAUGUCAGCAGAUUGCGAUGUGAGAAUGUAAUCAAAUUGUUUAUCAGAGGGAAAGUGUGAUUUUUAGGACACUUAAGCCUCACAUUAGCUGGUAUAAUGUUAGCUUAUGUUUUGUUGUUGUUGCAUUUUUUAGUGGCUUUUGUUAGCUGUCUGAAAACAGCAGGUUUGCAUGCCUAACCUGUUGACACUAGCUACCUGUGACAGUAAUGAAAAUGUUUAAGCCCUAAAUUCAUUUAAGGACAUGACGCUUGAGGCGAGGAGGAAGAAAAUGAGGUGCAAAUGAGGAAGGAGAGUGGGCAAGGGUGUAGGAGGUGAAUGGAGGCAUAAUGAGAAUGAGAACAAUUUUGCCACUGAUUUCUAGCCACAUACAUAAAAAGACGAUUACAGCGAUGUCCACUUUGGCCACUGUAUUUAAGAUUUGUGUGACAAAAAGGCAGCUUCCACAAAGCCACUUUGUAUUUUUCAUGGAUUAAUUAUGAGUUUAUGAGAAUGGACCAGUUUGUUGGUAGACUUAAUUCAGCUAUAAGUACAAUAGUAGUUUUAUGUUAAAUAACUUUAAAAAAAAAAUACUUACUAUACCAUCAAAUCAUCUUAAACGUAAUCACAUAAGUGUGAAGGUUUUUCUGGUCAUGUGGUUGGUUUGGUUUGUCUUUGUUAGUAUGCCUGCUGGCAGGAUUUUUCCCAUGGAGCUUUUAUCAGUGGUGGGCCUUGCUCCAACUUAGAAAUGAUUAACUUAAUCAUCUGAAAAAAUCCUCUUGUUCUCAAGAAAUAAUAAUACAUUUGGAUCAGAUAUCCUGGGGAUUCAGUUCAUGGUGUGGAGGGACUUUCAGCCCUGUAAAUGAUUUCAGACUGGGUCCCUCUUAUCUACGUUAUGCUAUCAUACAGUGUGCAUUUUUAGUUUAUGAGGACUCCUCCUGUUCAAAGUGUUCCACUGAUCACAUUUUCUGUCACAGCCCAUUUCCUUUCAUUUCAUUUCAUCCGCUCUAAUUAAAGAGAUUAAUACAGAGCAUGUCUUUCAUCCUUCUGUCUAAGUGAUCACAGAUAAAACAGCAUGAGUCAUUUUAUUAUUUUCAGUGUUUUUAGCAUGCAGUUUAGUCUAUUUCUCAGAAACUCUGAAAAAGUAUGAACAAUUUUGUUAU